AUGUCUGUUCGCGCGGAUGGGCUGAGGCGAGUCUGCGUGGCUUCGAGACGGUGCCUACAGACGAGCGCAGGCGCUUCACAGCGAGUGCACCCUCUACAGCCGCAAGACCGACCUUUCAAGCCGCCAAGCUUGCGUCCAUCGUCUCGCUUGGAGUCUGCUCGUUUGCCGAAUGGGAUGCGAGGCCAUAAGCAACGAUGGUCAACACUGACACUCAUCAUGCUCGCUACGGUCACUGGAUCGUCGACAUAUGCACUCGCCCUGCUUUCGAAAAGCGCUACAAACUCCAAAGCAGUCGCCGACGAGCUUGCCAUGCCUAACCCUACGCAAGCUCAAUUCGAUGCUGCUCUUGAAGCUGCGAAGAACGUUGUCGGUCAUGAGAAUUGCACGACGGAUCAGCAGGAGCUCGUCGCACACGGUACAAGCGAUUGGUCGUAUCAUAUGACCCGUAAGGUUCCGGGCGCUGUACUCUACCCCAAUUCGACAGACGAUGUCGUCCGCAUAGUCAAGAUAGCAAAGUUGCAUGGCAUACCCAUUGUGCCCUUUGCUGGCGGUACGAGCUUGGAAGGACAAUUCAUGGCCCCUCAGCACGGAGUGCCUGAAGACCACAAGCCUGAGACAGACGAGAUGAAGGCGGGCCGAAGCUUCACGCUCGAUUUCGCAAACAUGACGAACAUUUUAGCAGUCCACGCAGGCGAUCUCGACGCGGUCGUGCAGCCGGGCUUGACCUAUGACGACCUUAAUGAGCAGCUCAAAGAUAGACAGUUGUUCUUUCCGGUAGAUCCCGGGCCCGGCGCUUGUAUCGGUGGCAUGAUUGGCACAGGCUGCUCAGGCACCAACGCUGUCCGCUAUGGCACGAUGCGAGAGAACGUCAUAGCCAUGAAGGUCGUCAUGGCAGACGGACAAGUCGUUACCACUCGCUCGCGCGCCCGCAAGUCUUCAGCAGGACCGAACCUGGGCCAGCUCUUUCUGGGUUCAGAAGGCACACUUGGCAUUGUCACCGAAGCGACACUGAAGUUGUACCCGGUCAUGCCGACGACUGUUUCCGUCAUCAGUUUUCCAAGCGUACGAGCGGCAGCAGAUGCAGCGGCAGAAAUGGUCGGACGAGGCGUUGGAGUUGCAUGCCUAGAACUUCUGGAUGACGUGAUGAUGAAGGCCGUCAAUAAGGCCAACGCUCUCGACAAGACACGCCGUCAGUGGGCGGAGACCGCUAGUCUCUUCAUCAAGUUUAGCGGUAACGAGGCACAGAUGAAUCACGACGCCAAGACAACCCGAGAGAUCGUUAAGCGACAUGGCUCCCUGCAAGUCACAUUCGCAAAAGACAAGACAGAAGCAGAUGAGCUAUGGCAAAGUCGAAAGGUCGCUCUAUGGUCAGCACUUUCUUAUCUCGACGAUGAUAAGACGCGAGUGUGGACCACAGACGUCUGUGUUCCCAUCACGAAUCUACCGGCCCUCAUCGAAGAGACCCAGCGGGAUCUCGAAAGCGCAGGUCUGAUCGCACCAAUGGUUGGUCAUGUCGGGGAUGGCAACUUCCAUGCUCUGAUCUUGUUUAGAAAUGACGACGAGCUCAAGCGGACCCGUGCUGCCGUUCAUCGAAUGGUCGAGAGAGCGCAGACGUUGGACGGUACUUGCACGGGUGAACACUCCGUCGGGGUCGGUAAACGAGAAUAUCUUGCUGCAGAGCUUGGUCAGCCUACUGUCGAGGUCUUGCGCAAGCUUAAGCAGAGCUUGGACCCUCAAGGCAUCUUUAAUCCGGGCAAGCUGUAUCCGGGCAAGGAUAUCAAGCAUUAAACAACACAACACAGCUGCUUGCUCUACCUCAUUUUCUUGUUUGUCGGCUUAAGUGCCGCUCGGGGUCCUCUCGGAUUUGGCCUUCCCGCCGCUGUCGCCCAGUACUUUCGGAGCUGCCGUAUCAACUGUCGCGAUUCCCGGAGCGUCCCAGCUGCCCGCUCUCGCCGUCGACUGAGGAUGCCGGGAGCGAUGCUCGUGGUGCGCCGUAAUGCAAGCUCUAAAGGCAUCAAGACAUGCUCCCACGCUAGUGCUGUGAAUACGAGCAUUAUCAUAGCAGCAACGAAGAAUGGUUCCAGAAGGCGUCUGCCAAAGUCGAGACACUCGAUGAUGAGCUUGCCGGCUUCGGAGAGCGCGUCUGACCUCGUCUGUCUUUCUGCACUACGAAUUUCGAAGGGCGGCUUGACCCCGAGAUAAGUCGUUGCUACUCGCAAGCCA